CAAGUUUCAGAAAUUGGGCAUCACAAUUAAGUUCACCAACAUUUUCCUUUCUUUGAGCAAAAGACUUAGUCAAGUUGGUACUACGUAUACCAUAAUUUCAUCGUUGACGAUCGGCUAUUUAGGGUUUGUUGAUCAACUGUACAACGUGUAGCAGAACGAAAUGGAAAGGGCAGUGAAUUAUGGGGGCGAUGAUCUAAAUCUUGAGGCGACUGAGCUACGAUUAGGGUUGCCAGGGAGUGAUGGGCUUGAGAAACAAUCGUCUCCUGGUGUGAGGACUAAUAAGAGAGCUUCACCGGAUGUGGCGGAGGACUCAAGGUCUAAGAGCAACAAUUCCAUCGUCUCCGAUGCUGGAAAUGGUGGCCGAGAUACUGCCCCUCCACCCAAGGCACAAGUGGUGGGGUGGCCACCAAUUCGAUCUUUCAGGAGAAAUAGUUUCCAAGCAAAGAAAAGUGAUGAGGCAGAUGGUGCAGGGAUGUACGUGAAAGUAAGCAUGGAUGGAGCUCCUUAUCUAAGGAAGGUUGAUCUCAAGCUUUACAAGAGCUACCCAGAACUCCUCAAGGCCUUGGAACAUAUGUUCAAGUUCACCAUAGGUGAGUAUUCAGAAAGGGAAGGAUACGAUGGAUCUGAAUAUGUUCCUACUUAUGAAGACAAAGAAGGCGAUUGGAUGCUGGUUGGAGAUGUUCCAUGGGACAUGUUCAUUUCCUCCUGUAAGAAGUUGAGAAUCAUGAAAGGAUCAGAAACUAGUAGCUUGGGUUGUCUAUGACAACCGACAGAAGCCCAGUUAAGCAGAAGAAGAAAAAAAAGACAUGGUGAUCACUUAAUUUGGUUAAUCGUUUGGUCACCGACAGAUUGGUCGUCAGAUUACAUGAUUUUGUUGGUGCUGGUUUCAGCCUCUUCGAUCGGUUUUAAUCUUUUGGUACAUCUUCAAAAAGUCAAUUAGAAAUCAAAUUAAGCUAAGAAAGAAAGUAUAGCAAUUGAGAUCCAACUGUACAGAGGAUAAAAUGUUUCAUUUUGUCCCACGAUAUGGUUAUUAAUUAUGUUUUAUUAUAAGAUUAUAGAAAGGCUAUAAAUACACCAAUUUUCUGUAAAUUUAUGUGUACGUUCUUCGAGUGGAAAUUAGAAGCAAAUUACAUGUUAUUGUU